AUGGAGCCAAUAGAGCUAACACAAAAUGUAAUCCAAAGCAUGGAUAUCGGCAAAGUCUUCAAAGACUCCCAGCGCGACAUCAACUCUAUCAGUUUUUCCGACGACUGCUCCCUCCUGAUCACCUCCGCAGACGACGAUUCCGUCAACAUCUACAAUGUCCAGCGUGGAACCCGUGACAAGCUUCUCUACAACAAAGAAUAUGGCGUCGAGAACGUCCACUUCACUCACCACAACAACGCCUUCUUAUGCUCCACAAAAAAGGGCAACGAGCAUUUGGUCAAAUAUUGGAGCUCAUACGACAACAGGAUUAUCCACAAUUUCAGAGGCCACGGCGACGAUAUCACCUCUAUUGAUAUGAGCCCGAAAAACGACAUGUUUAUUUCGACGUCAAAAGACAAGCUGCUGCUCUUAUGGGAAUUAAGAAGUAGAAGGGCUCUUGGCAGGCUUGAUUAUAAAGAAGCCUCAGCUGGCGGAAUGUGCACUUUUGACCCGUCUGGAGCAAUUUUUGCAUUGGUUUACCCAGUGGUGACGCAAAAUGUGACAAAAAAUUACAUAAAGCUGAUAGAUGCCAACAAUUAUGCAGAUGGCGCUUUUUCGACCUGGGAAGUGGAGUGUCCAGAGAUUAAAGGGAUACAGUUCAGUGAGGACGGGCAGUAUCUGUUAGCAUAUACAGUGGAAAAUAUGAUUUUACUUUUAGAUGCUUUGGAUGGCCAGAAGAAACAUAUUUUUAAGGAUUUUCAGAAUGAGAAUGGAAAGGUGAUGGCGUGCUUUAGCCCAGAUAGCAAGUAUAUCACAACUGGGGACGAAAAAAAUAACUCAAUUGUGUUCUUUGAUGUGAAUACCUAUGAAAAAGUGCAUGAACUUAGAGGACACCCGAAAACACCUACAUGUCUGGCUUGGAGCAGAGAGCAUGCACUGCUGACAUCAGGGUGUCAAAACUUGUUGUUUUGGGUUCCUGAUCAAUCAAGAAUUAGGCAAUAA